GGAUCUGCCUUUUUACGAAGAGAAGGGGGCGGAGGCCCUUCGGGGCUUUUGUGUCGAGUGGGCCGGGCCGCGAAGCUCGCACUUUAUUAAGGAGGCCAGCACCGGGGGGGUAGAGAAAUGCUCGGAGGCGACCUCCGGACGCUCGCUCGCUCGGGCAGCCAGGCAGCAGCCCGACUGGCAGGGUGCGCCGGGCCGGCCCACACGUGCGCGCUCCCCGAGUCGGCCCGAAGAUUUCCUCCUGAUGGCUGACUCUAAACCACUCUGCUCCCGUGACGGGGACCCCAUGGCUGCAGAAGCCUUGCUCCGGGAUGUGUUUGGGAUUAUUGUGGAUGAGGUCAUUCGGAAAGGGACCAGUGCCUCGGAGAAGGUCUGCGAGUGGAAGGAGCCCGAGGAGCUGAAGCAGCUGCUGGACCUGGAGCUGCGCAACCAGGGCGAGGCGUCGGAGCAGAUCCUGGCGCGCUGCCGGGCCGUCGUCCGCUACAGCGUCAAGACCUGUGGGUGCGGGGCCGCGGGGGGCUCUGGCCUGGGCGCAGCCUGGCGCUCAGCUCCGGCUCCUUCCCCAGGCCACCCGCGCUUCUUCAACCAGCUCUUCUCGGGGUGGGACCCGCACGCGCUGGCGGGGCGCAUCGUCACCGAGAGCCUCAACACCAGCCAGUACACGUAUGAAAUCGCCCCCGUGUUUGUGCUCAUGGAAGAGGAGGUGCUGAAGAAGCUCCGGGCCCUGGUGGGCUGGAGCUCCGGGGACGGGGUCUUCUGUCCGGGUGGCUCCAUCUCCAACAUGUAUGCUGUGAACCUGGCCCGCUAUCAGCGCUACCCGGACUGCAAGCAGAGGGGCCUGCGGGCCCUGCCGCCCCUGGCGCUCUUCACGUCGAAGGAGUGUCAUUACUCCAUCAAGAAGGGAGCUGCUUUUCUGGGACUCGGCACUGACAGUGUGCGAGUAGUCAAGACAGAUGAGAGAGGGAAAAUGAUUCCUGAGGAUCUGGAGAGGCAGAUCGGUCUGGCCGAGGCUGAGGGUGCUGUGCCAUUCCUGGUUAGUGCCACCUCUGGCACUACCGUGCUAGGGGCCUUUGACCCCCUGGAGGCAAUCGCUGACGUGUGCCAGCGUCAUGGGCUGUGGCUCCAUGUGGAUGCUGCCUGGGGUGGGAGCGUCCUGUUGUCACAGACACAUAGACAUCUCCUGGAUGGGAUCCAGAGGGCUGACUCGGUGGCCUGGAACCCCCACAAGCUGCUCACAGCGGGCCUGCAGUGUUCAGCUCUUCUUCUCCGGGACACCUCGAACCUGCUUAGGCGCUGCCACGGGUCCCAGGCCAGCUACCUCUUCCAGCAGGACAAGUUCUACGACGUGGCUCUGGACACUGGAGACAAGGUGGUGCAGUGUGGCCGCCGGGUGGACUGUCUGAAGCUGUGGCUCAUGUGGAAGGCGCAGGGCGGGCAAGGGCUGGAGCGGCGUGUCGACCAGGCCUUUGCCCUUGCCUGGUACCUGGUGGAGGAAUUGAAGAAGCGAGAAGGAUUUGAGUUGGUCAUGGAGCCCGAGUUUGUCAAUGUGUGUUUCUGGUUCGUGCCCCCCAGCCUGCGGGGGAAGCAGAAGUGCCCGGAUUACAGUGAAAGGCUGGCCAAGGUGGCCCCAGUGCUCAAGGAGCGCAUGGUGAAGGCGGGCUCCAUGAUGAUUGGCUACCAGCCCCACGGGACCCGGGGCAACUUUUUCCGCAUGGUUGUGGCCAACCCCGCGCUGACCCGGGCUGAUAUGGACUUCCUUCUCAACGAGCUGGAAAGGCUGGGCCAGGACCUCUGAGCUUCCGCCUCACUGCUGGCCUUGGCACCCACCUCCCCCUCGCUGUCUCUGUGCAUUCGCCUGUGCUCCCAAGGACAGAGUGACCUUAACAACAUUUGAGUGUGUUGACCCGCUAACUCUCCUAUGAAAUAUUUGCCAUUAGGAAAAUAUUUAAAUAAACUAACAGUAUAUCCAUAUGAUGGAAUGUUUCUCUGCCAUUAAAAUUAUACUUACAAACAAGAUUUUUAUUGAUAGGAAAAAAAUAAUGUGCUACUGGAAAAGCUGGAAACAAGACUUUGUGUAUAGUAAUAUCUGAGGGUGUUCGAACAUACAUAGGAGAAGAUGGAUAGAAUGAAAUAUGCCCAAUGUCAAUAAUUUUCCCUGGGAUGGGAUUAUAGGCAACUUAAAAUGAACAUUUCUAGGGAUGCCUGGGUGGCUCAGUGGUUGAGCGCCUGCCUUCAGCUCAGGGUGUAAUCCUGGGGUCCUGGGAUUGAGUCCCACAUUGGCUCCCUGCAAGGAGCUUGCUUCUCCCUCAGUGUGUGUUUCUGCUUCUAUUAUCUCUCGUGAAUAAUUAAAAAAAAAUCUUUAAAAAAUUAACAUUUCUAAACCUUUUGUGUUUCCCCCUUUUAUUAUGUAAUGAAUAUACAUUACUUUUAUAAUAGGGAAAUAAUAAAGUUAAAAUUUCGAUUAUA